CGCUCCUUCAACACCCGCUUCCCGUCCUCCUCCUCCCCCAGUGCUCGCGGCUACCUUCCUUUCCUUAUCUCUUCACACUUCUCUGACUCCUCUUAUCAGUGCAGAGUAGCUUUCGCGUCUACCGCUUCCUCGUCCAUACUAUCUCCGGCUGUUAGCUGCCCGGUCGUGCAUUGCGACUCAGCAUCUUCGGAGCCUUAUUUCUUUGGUGUAAGCUGAGCUCAAGGCUGUUGGAAAGCACUAGGAAUCAUCAACCAGAGCGAGGCUACAGGAAGAAACUAAAGUCCAACCUCAUUGAUUAGCACGGCAUCGCUGGAUUGUUGAAGGCUCUACAUAGGUUAGACCAACAGUCGUAAGCUUGCAACCCCAUUGUGAAGAAGACGUGUAGCAACAGCUUCGCGAGACAACUCUGAAUUUCUUCUCCGACAUCUGGAACUUGCUUGAUAAAUUGCAUAUCGGGGCUGUUUGUGGCGGCCGCAUGCAGAAUCUUUCGCAGAGCUCGAACAAUAAGAUGCAGGCGAUCAUCAGGACGUAUCCUGGAAGAGUGCUCAAGAUAACGGUCCUCUCGCAGUACAAACGCCCCCUCUCCUUCGAUGCUUGCUCACCUCCAAGCCCCUGUGGAAAGAGGAGAAGCGUUUCAGAUGAUCAGGAUUGUGACGAAGCAGAGCGAGCAGCAAAGAGAGCUAGGUUGUUGACUGCCAUGAAUCAGAGCUCGGACACCGCGCGCAGCAUAUGCGCUCUCUUCUCUGUCAGGCACGCGAGCGGUCAUAAUUGCAGUACCAAGGAGAUCAACAGGGAAGCAGCUUCUCUUCGUGUUUAGAUUUGGGUUGCAGUAGAGAUGUUGUAUAGUGUGUAGAUGUAUUUUUGUGUCUUGUGUAGAGAGAGCUGUGGCAUUCGCAACACGAAUGAACUAGCAAUGCUGAUUAGUAGAACCAUGUGCGGUGCAUGAAGCAUGCUCAAAAUCCUGAGGAUCAAUCAUUGUCUUCAGCCUCAGUAGUCUUUCAUAAAAGCUCGUGCAAUUC